CUAUUAAACGGCAACGCUUCUGCCGAAAGCGUUGAGCCAGAGUCAGAAAGUCAAUUUAGAACGACGAGGUGACAAAAGCGGAAGAGCAAAAUUAGGGUUUCUGAAAAAUCAUUGAAGAAUGAAGAAGAAAAAUCCCAGCAAUAGAGAAGACGAUAGGGAGAAAACCAAUGGCCCAAAAUCAAUGGUGAACAAAAGGAAGAAAAACAUGAAGAGAUUAGGAGGAGCCGCCGGUCUUUCUCUUGAAGCGUUCGUUAAUGCCAAGUCCAACACUUCCUCCUCCUUCUCCAAUCCUGCCCUUAUAAAGAAGCAAAGGGAGUUUUAUAAGAAUGCCAAGUACGUGAGCAAGUUUAAGAAAAAGUUGAAGCAACAACAUCAGCCGAAUGAGCUCCAUUCAGAUGUAAGACCAUCAGAGGCUGAGAAUGAAAAUCGGGAAGGUAGCAAGAUGAUGAAUAAGAAUAAGAGGAGCAAGAAUAGCUUGAAAGAAUUGUAUGAGAAACGGCGUGAAGAGGAAGAGAAGGCAAGGAUCGAAAGAGAGGCAAUUCUAAAAGCAAAGAAGGAAGAAAGAGAAAGGUCUGAGUCCCGUAGAAAAGCUGCGAGGGAGAAGAUGUUCAAGAAGACCCGUCAUGGUCAGCCUGUUAUGAAGUACAGGAUUGAGCAUCUCUUGCAGUUAGUUCAAGGUUCCAAUGGAAAUUCAACUGACAAAAAUCUCUAGUGUAGAGAUGAGCUGACAUGUCUUCUAGUUUUGCCUUGGCCACUUGCACCAUGCUUGCUCCCUUGACUAAACAACUGGUGAAGUUUCGGAGUAUUUAGUGAUAUUGCUUGAGAUGAGAUGAUAGCAGGAAAUUAACUUUAUUCUAAUCGAAUCACAAGGCAAAGUACUCUGUUUACUCAAAA